GGUGUAGCAGUCUCUGAUGGUGUCAUCAAGGUGUUCAAUGACAUGAAAAUGUGCAAAUCCUCAAGGCCAGAAGAAGUGAAGAAAAGAAAGAAGGUGGUGCUCUUCUGCCUGAGUGAGGUUGAGACCAUCAUCCUGGAGGAAGGCAAGGAGAUCUUGGUAGCAGAUGUGGGGCCGACUGUGAGCGACCCCUACUCCACUUUUGUCAGGAUGCGGCCAGACAAGGACUGACAGGCGCUACACUCUCUAGGAUACACAAGGAAAGUGAGGAGGACCAACCUGCUGUUCAACUUCUGGGCCCCUGAGAGUGCACCUCUUCAGAGCAAAAUGAUCUGUGCCAGCUCCAAGGAUGCCAUCAAGAAGAAUCUGACAGGAAUCAAGCAUGAAUUACAAGCUAAUUGUUUCGAGGAGGAGGUCAAAGCCUGCUGCACCCUGGCAGAAAAACGAGGUGGCUCUGUGCUUGUCUCUUUAGUUCUGUGUGGAAAUGACUGUCCCUGUGCCAACUGGUUGCCCUCCCCUUUCCCUUGA